AUGUCACAGCACGGGUUCGAUUUCAAGUUCAGUCAAUGCUUUGGUGAUAAAGCAGAUAUCGUGGUUACAGAGGCAGACAUUAUAACGGCGUCGGAGUUCGAUCAUACAGGUGAUUAUCUUGCAACCGGUGAUAGAGGUGGACGUGUAGUUUUAUUUGAAAGGAACAAUACAAAGCAUUGCGAAUACAAGUUUCUAACGGAAUUUCAGUCACACGAUGCAGAAUUCGAUUAUUUGAAAUCUUUAGAGAUUGAGGAGAAGAUUAAUCAGAUCAAGUGGUGUCGGCCAACGAACCAAUCGCAUUUCUUGUUAAGUACAAACGAUAAGACGAUUAAGUUGUGGAAGAUAUAUGAGAAAAAUAUCAAAUUGGUUAGUGAUAACAAUCUAUCAGAGGGAAAUAAAGACUACCACAGACGCUCUGCUGGGAACGGUAGCGCAAGAGCUGUACUGUCUUUGCAGACUUUGAAGUUACCCAAGCUGUCCUUACAUGAUAGAAUUAUAGCUGCUGCACCAAAGAAGAUUUAUAGUAAUGCUCACACCUAUCACAUCAAUUCGAUAUCGUUGAAUUCAGAUCAGGAAACGUUCAUCAGUUCAGAUGAUUUGAGAAUCAACUUAUGGAAUUUAGAUAUACCGGACGAAUCAUUCAAUAUUGUUGAUAUUAAACCAGCCAACAUGGAGGAACUAACAGAAGUCAUUACAAGUGCAGAAUUCCAUCCUCAACAGUGUAAUGCUUUCAUGUAUUCUUCAUCGAAGGGGACCAUCAAAUUAUGCGACAUGAGACAGAAUGCUCUUUGUGAUUACCGAGCUAAGGUGUUCGAAGAAUACCUUGACCCAAUAAGUCAUAAUUUUUUCACAGAAAUCACUUCAUCAAUAUCUGACGUCAAAUUCAGUCCUGAUGGUCGUUAUAUUGCAUCUCGUGAUUAUUUAACCGUUAAGAUAUGGGAUAUUAACAUGGAUAAUAAGCCAUUGAAAACGAUAAAUAUCCAUGAACAACUAGAAGAAAGAUUAAAUGAUACUUAUGAAAAUGAUGCUAUAUUCGAUAAAUUCGAAGUUGCUUUCAGUGGUGAUAGUUCAAGUGUAAUGACAGGAUCAUACAACAAUAACUUUAUGAUUUAUCCCAACGUAGUAAAAACGGGCGAUUAUCAAGCACCUACUGGAAUGGAUGAAAUUGUAUUACAAGCAGAUAAGACUGCAUUUAAAUCAAAGAGGUUGAGUAGUUUGCAACAGCAAAGUGCGAGAAAUAAAGAAUGGGGUGAUGAAAUUGAUUUCAAAAAAUCCAUUCUGCAUUUCUCUUGGCAUCCAAGAGAAAAUAGUGUUGCCAUUGCAGCCACUAAUAAUUUGUUCAUCUUCUCGGCAUUGUAA